GGCCGGUCUCUUACUUCCAAAGUUGGAGCUCUCCUUGGUGGGAGGGGGCGGGGAGGAGGCUAGCUCGGUGACGUCACCCCGCAGCGGGGAUAAAGCGCGGGGGCUGCGGUCCGGGCGAGGACACUGUCCCGGGAGCAGAGUGGGCUGUCCCGCUCGGGGACACUCGCCGAGGGCAAGGCCGCCCCUCACUGCGCCCCACUCCCUGGGAGCCAAGGCGCCCCGCCGAGGGAAGGUCGCGCUAGAAGGCACCAUGCCCCAGAACGUGAUCCUGCCGGGCCCUGCGCCCUGGGGGUUCAGACUCUCGGGGGGAAUAGACUUUAACCAGCCUUUGAUCGUCACCAGGGUUUCUCCAGGAAGCAAGGCAGAAGCUGCCAACCUGUGUCCCGGAGAUGUUAUCCUGGCUAUUGAUGGCUACGGUACAGAGUCCAUGACUCAUGCUGAUGCACAGGACAGGAUUAAGGCAGCAGCACAUCAGCUGUGUCUCAGAAUCGACAGGGCAGAAACUCGCCUGUGGUCUCCACAGGUAUCUGAAGAUGGAAAGGCUCACCCUUUCAAAGUCAACUUAGAAUCAGAACCUCAGGAUGUGAACUACUUUGAACACAAGCACAAUCUUCGGCCCAAACCUUUCAUAGUCCCAGGCCGAAGCAGUGGAUGCAGCACUCCCUCCGGUAUUGACGGUGGCAGUGGACGUAGCACCCCCUCUUCUGUCAGUACUCUUAGUACGAUUUGCCCAGGCGACUUGAAAGUUGCUGCUAAGCUGGCCCCUAACAUUCCUUUGGAAAUGGAACUUCCUGGUGUGAAGAUUGUACAUGCUCAGUUUAAUACACCUAUGCAGUUGUACUCAGAUGACAAUAUUAUGGAAACACUUCAGGGUCAGGUUUCAACAGCUCUAGGGGAAACACCCUCGAUGAGUGAAUCCACAGCCUCCGUGCCCCCCCAGUCUGAUGUGUACCGGAUGCUCCAUGACAAUCGGGAUGAGCCCACCCAGCCGCGCCAGUCAGGCUCCUUUAGAGUGCUCCAGGAAUUAGUAAACGACGAUGACCGUCCUGCUGGAACUCGGAGUGUGAGAGCUCCAGUUACAAAAGUCCAUGGUGGCGCUGGUGGCGCACAGAAGAUGCCACUCUGUGACAAAUGCGGGAGUGGCAUUGUGGGUGCUGUCGUGAAGGCCCGGGAUAAGUACCGGCACCCAGAGUGCUUCGUGUGUGCUGACUGCAACCUCAACCUCAAACAAAAGGGCUACUUCUUCAUAGAGGGAGAGCUAUACUGCGAAACUCACGCAAGAGCCCGCACGCGGCCCCCAGAGGGCUAUGACACGGUUACUCUUUACCCCAAAGCUUAAGUCUUACCCACACAGGAACAUGCACGCACUCACCCGCAUUUACACAGGAAGACAUUGACAGCUUUGGGCAGAAAUACAGCAAACCAUCGUCAACCCCAAAUCUAAAGCCAGGGCUUGAGCAAGUUUGUCUUAUGUUCAUUGAGGAAAAGGAAUGGGAGGCAAAUGCCUGCUAUAUGACAAAAAAAAUACAUUUGGCUAUGUUUUGCAACUCUUUUUAUCUUUGGGGCUAGCAAAAGCUUAGUGACAUUUAAAGCCAUAAUUUUUUGUAUGUCGUACUCCACAAUUUACAUUUAUAUCAUGACCAUCAAACAUGUAAGCAUCAAGAUACUUUGGGGAGUCUGUCUUUCCUUAACAAAUUGAUUGUGCAAUCAUAGUGAAUACCAGAUAACACUCAUGUAUUCUUAAUACAAUCUGCAGCUGCCUGUUUUAACUAGUAUAGUGCAUGUCAGAGAGAAAUUCCCUGGAUUUCUUUAGUUUCAUAUUCAAAAAGUUAUACCGCUAGGUGCAACAUGCAUAAUAAAUACGUAAAACAUUUUAAAAAUA